AUGUUUUCCUUCUUUGCUUUACGUGCUAUUGCCGCAAAUGGUAACACCAUUUCAUACGAUCAGGCAACACAAACCCUAUCUAUUACAGCAGAUUCUGCUUACACAAGACAGGAUAUCGAUUCAAAGAUUGGUACAAAUCCUGUUAAGACAAUCAAAAUCGAUGGCAGCUACAACGAGAUUCCAGAGGGUGUCUUCGCAUUUUUAGAUGUCGAAUCCGUUGUCAUUUCUAACACAAUUAAGAAGAUUAAUGAUAUGGCUUUCUAUGGCUGCAAGAAGCUUACAGGUUUCUCCGCUCCAAAUGGAUGCGAGUUUAUUGGUAGCGAAUGCUUCAGAGACUGUGCUUCAUUACAGGCUUUCUACUACAGAAAGUGCACAAUGACAUUCCUCGCCAACGUCUUCCAGGGAUGCACAAACCUCGAGGUCUUCGGCCAAGUUAAUGGUGACCAGUCAUCCCCAGUUGCUGGCGUCCAGAGAACAUUCGGCCCAGGUGUCUUCAAAGAUCUUACUGCCUUAAAGACAGUUACACUUCUUGAUGACACAGCAGUUCUUGGCAAGAGCAUGUUCGAGAACACAGUUUGCGACAUCAAGAUUCCAUCUGGUGUCACAAGAAUCCCAGAUUCCUGCUUCAAGAACUCCAAGAUCACACAGGCUGAUCUCUCCAACGUUAUCCUUGUCGGAAUGCGUGCAUUCUACAAAUGCAUGAGCCUUACAUCCGUCAAGUUCAACAAGGACAAGAUCCGCUUAAUCCAGGCUUACGCAUUCCAGCACUGCUGCAACGCCGUCCUUACAGGCCUUGAUGAUUGUCUACCUCUUCGAAAUGUAUGCAUUCUCAUGCAUCCAGACAAUCAAGACAUUCACAAUGCCAAUCAACAUCUACUCUGUUCCAGCCGGUGCUUUCUAUGA